AGUCACACAGAGCAGGACUUGAACCCAGCCCGUCCUCUCCGCUGCUGCUGCUGCUUCCAGGAGCGCGUGCGUAAACGCAGCUGUCGCGCUUUUUAGAUUUGAGCUGACCAGAGGAAGCUCCAAAAAAUAAGCAACUUACAGGAAGUGUCACAAUGUCUCACAAAUAUAUGAAGUACUUCAAACUGACUUUGCUAGCUGGACUAUUGUUUGUAGUCACCUUUUGUUUUUGGAGCCCUUCAUCCAGCGUUGGAGUUAAUAUCCACCGGAGACAAGGCAGGCUAGGACAGAAACUCUUCAAUAAGAAAAUUGAAAACCUCACCUUUGGUUAUCCUGAUAUUGAAUACCACAUAAAGGAUGAUGUGGCAAGAAGUCUGGCUCAGAAUUCGUGCGUAUGUCUGCCUGGGGAAGAAACCUUUCAUAUACCGUUCUCCAAUCUGCUCUUUCCACGUGUCUGGGCUCACAACCUCCAGCAUGCAUUCUUAGAAAACCAUCCUGAUCCAGAAAUUGUAAAGCGCCAUAGGGCUCAGGAGUACGACAACUUUCAGAGAAGGGUCUACAGUCCAGCAGACAUGCUAAAUAUUGCUGAGGCCAACAGCCCUCUUCAGUAUCCCACCCAGGGUGUAGAGGUGCAGCCCCUUAAAACAAUCCUCAUUCCAGGUCUGGGACUCAAACAGAAAGAAAAAUCCAAUUACAGGGUGCAUUUGACAGCAACGCUAGGGACCUUUAAUGUUGCUGCUACUGUGGACAUGGUCUCCGUUGUAGGAGCGGGGAAGAAGCAAAUGAUGCUGUCAAGUCCUCUUCUGUCUUCUCUGAACAGGCAGCUGCAGUUUGUCACCUACACAAAUGCCGUGUUUCAUCCGAAGACCGCAGAUUCAAUUCAGUUUGCAACUGAAGGUCACCAGUCAUUUUUCACCAUCAAAGUUGGUCACAGGAUUGUUCCCAAGCUUUACAACUCUGGACACAGUGAAGAAUACAACAUUACUUCUUUAGUUACCAUUGCCACAAAGACGUUUUUACGCUACGACAAGCUUCAAGAUCUCAUUGACAGCAUACGGCAGUAUUAUCCCAACGUUACCAUAGUGAUAGCCGAUGAUAAUGAGCACCCCCAGCCAGUGACCGGUCCUCACAUUGAACACUACAUCAUGCCAUUUGGAAAGGGCUGGUUUGCUGGAAGAAACCUGGCAGUGUCUCAGGUGACCACCAAGUAUGUGCUCUGGGUGGAUGACGAUUUUAUCUUUAGUGCAAACACCAAACUGGAAAAAAUGGUGGAUAUCCUGGAGAAGACCACACUGGAUUUGGUUGGUGGUGCAGUGAGGGAGGUGACCGGCUACACCGCCACGUAUCGCCACACCAUUUCAGUGGAGGAAGGUGGACCGGAUGGAGACUGUUUGCAUUUCAGAAAUGGGUUCCACCAUGUUAUUGAAGGAUAUCCCUCAUGUGUGGUAGCAGAUGCUGUCAUCAACUUCUUCAUGGCUCGGACGGACAAAGUGCGACAAGUUGGCUUUGACCCUCGCCUGUCACGAGCAGCUCACCUGGAGUUUUUUGUCGACGCUCUGGGUUCCCUCCACAUCGGCUCCUGUAGUGAUGUCAUCAUAAACCACGCAUCAAAAAUCAUCCUGCCCUGGAGUAAAACAAAAACGCAGAAGACCUAUGAAAAGUUCCGAUACACAUCUGUCGGUGUGGAUAAAAAUCUUUCUAAUGAAAUUUAUUAUUUCAAGAACAGGUUCAAGUGCAUGACCAGUCAAUAAAAAACAAGGCCUUAGUUGGUUUAUUGUGAAGAACAACUGGUAACUGCUGCCGUUCUCA